UCGCUAUCGUCACUGAUUACGAGAAUCAUCGUACCUAUAGAAGAGGCCCGGAGACGUCUUAAAACGGGGGAAAAUUUCCACACAGAGCUAGUCCGUAUCCUUUCUCACAAGAUGAAAGUCCUCCUUCUUGCUCUUGCCUUCGCCGCCUCCGCUAGCGCGCAGUCGGAGCCCUGGUGUCGCUGCGCCGCCUUCGUCACCUACAAGAACUCGGAGGUCAUGGUGUACGAAGCCCCUGAGAUCACCAUCAGUUCUUGCGAAGACGAAGCCAAGACGUGUCGCCAUAGUUGUGUGAAUGAGCUUAACGAGAUGAGCAACAACGGAGACCUGUGGGCAGUACAGGAAAGCGGAGAUACAGUCGGUCAGUAUAUCUGCCAAUAUCUCGCUGAUCAUUACUUUUUCUCUAUAAACAACCAUAAGGUAUACGGCUACAACGAGGUAUGUGGCGGUGCCUGGGAAUUCACCGGCGUGGAAUCACAACAGAUGUUAUGUUGUGAUGGAGGAAAUCACGUUCACUGUAUUUCCGAAUAAAUUAUGGUGAUGAUAGUGAUGAUGGUGAUGAAGAAGGGUGAUGACGGUGGUGAAGAAGGGUGAUGAUCUACGUAACGAUGGUGGUGACGAUGGUGGUGAUGAUGGUGAUGAUUCUCUGCUGAAUUUUCA